UCGAUUAACACACAUCAACAGAAAACGUACACGAGAGUCUCAUCGUCAUCACUACCACUGAAAGAGAGGGUUAUUAUUAGCAGCCAUUUUCGAACUCACUCGAAGCACAUCGUAUCUUCACCAUCACCGAUUCCUCAGAUCAAUCCACCGUCUUCUUCCGCAUCUACUACUUCAGCCUAUCGUAAAGAAAGAUGGGGAUCAUAGAAAGGAUCAAAGAAAUUGAAGCCGAGAUGGCUCGGACUCAGAAAAAUAAAGCAACAGAGUAUCAUUUGGGCCAGCUCAAGGCUAAGAUAGCAAAGCUAAGGACACAACUGUUAGAGCCACCAAAAGGGUCUAGUGGAGCUGGAGAGGGUUUUGAGGUUACAAAAUAUGGCCAUGGUCGUGUUGCACUCAUAGGAUUUCCAAGUGUGGGAAAGUCCACGCUCUUAACUAUGUUGACUGGAACUCAAUCAGAAGCUGCAGCAUACGAGUUUACAACUCUAACUUGUAUUCCUGGGAUUAUUCACUACAACGGUACUAAAAUUCAGUUACUUGAUCUUCCUGGAAUCAUUGAAGGAGCGUCUGAGGGCAAGGGUCGUGGUAGGCAGGUUAUUGCUGUUUCAAAGUCAUCAGACAUUGUGUUGAUGGUUCUCGAUGCUUCAAAAAGUGAAGGACAUAGACAGAUAUUGACAAAAGAGCUUGAAGCCGUUGGCUUGCGCUUAAACAAGAAACCACCACAGAUAUACUUCAAAAAGAAAAAAACUGGUGGAAUUUCCUUCAACAGCACAGUGCAAUUGACUCAUGUGGAUGAGAAGCUUUGCUACCAAAUUCUACAUGAAUACAAGAUUCACAAUGCAGAGUUAUUAUUCCGUGAGGAUGCAACUGUGGAUGAUUUGAUUGAUGUUAUAGAGGGGAACCGUAAGUACAUGAAAUGUAUAUAUGUAUACAACAAAAUCGAUGUUGUUGGUAUUGAUGAUGUUGACAGACUAGCACGACAACCGAAUUCUAUUGUUAUUAGCUGCAACUUGAAGCUGAAUUUGGAUAGGCUGCUUGCAAAGAUGUGGGAAGCAAUGGGGCUGGUUAGGGUUUAUACAAAGCCGCAAGGCCAACAACCCGAUUUUGGUGAUCCUGUGGUUCUUUCUUCUGAUAGAGGUGGGUGCAGUGUAGAAGACUUUUGUAACCAAAUACACAGAAGCCUCGUGAAAGAAGUCAAAUACGUGCUGGUUUGGGGCGCAAGUGCAAGGCAUUCCCCGCAACAUUGUGGCCUUAGUCAUGUUCUUCAUGAUGAGGAUGUUGUUCAGAUCGUCAAGAAAAAGGAGAAAGAAAGUGAAGGAAGAGGCCGGUUCAAGUCGCAUACAACUGGUCCUGAUCGAAUAGCUGAUAGAGUAAAAAAGGCUCCUUUGAAGAAUUAGUCAACUGGUCAACGUCUUCUACUAUGCGGAUGAGAGCAUAGGCAGACCUUUCUUUAUACGCGCGCACCUUAAUUGUUUUGAUCGGAUACAUGAAUACAACAAAUGUCUUGUGAUACUGGAUGUUGUGAUGUAGAUUUUGUGGAAACUGACUACAUGUGUUUUGGAGUUUCCGUUGGGUUUUCGAUACAUUGUCAUUUAUCUGGUUGUUUAUGAGUAGUAAGAGACUCUUUUAAAUAA